AUGUUGUUCUUCUCCGACCAGCCCAGGAAGGCCUCCUCCGACUCGCAGGAAGGGGCUUUCCCUCACCUUUAUCAAAGGCACGAGGAAGUCAAGCAAGAACUCUCUAAGUUAAGGAAGACCCUGGCAAAUGGCACCUGGAAGACAGCCAGAAAGGAAUAUUUUCACAAUGCUCCUGUUCUUAAGGUCGAUAGACAGAUUAAGCAACUUCUCGGCCAGUCUAAUAAUACACAUGGUGAUGCUGAUAGCUCUGAGGAUAAAGAUUGUGAACUUCCUAUCCCGGAAUAUAUCUUCCCUAAGCGGGCGCGUCUGGUGGAAAAUUUCUAUGGGCCCGAAGCGGAGAACUUUGAUGAGGAUAUGCUGCUUGAAAGACGUAUCCAAGUUACCAAGGAUAUGGUCGCGCUUUCACAGCUCUGCGAGCCGAAUUGGCGGGGCAAUCGAGUUAACUGGGAUAAAGAUGAUAAUAAAAUUAAGAAGUCGGAAGAACUGUUACCUCCUAAAAAUAAACCCCUGGAAUGUCCAACGGACGUUUGUAUUAUCUGUUACGGCCUAUCACAACGUUCAGCAUCUAACCUCCUCCCCAUAAAUUUCCUUCCAAGCGAAAAGAUUCUCUCCGUCGCUAUUUUAUUGACUCUUAUCUCGCCCAUGCGCACGACGGGAUAA